CACACUACGGUCCACGGAAUCCACAUUCUUCCUCGCAGGUCAGAAGUCUUUCAAUCUGAAUCAGAGAUUAAAUAUGGUCAGAGUUUCAGCACCCCUGUUGGGACUUCUCCUCUUGUGCUGUUUUGGAUUUUUGGCUCCCCCAGCAGCUGCUGAAUACGUGAAAUACAGGGACCCCCUGCAGCGUCUCGAGGUUCGAAUUCGAGACCUCAUGAAUCGGAUGACCCUUGCUGAAAAGAUUGGUCAGAUGGUGCAAUUGGAUCGCGCUGUGGUAACUCCUGAGAUCUUGAGAGAUUACUCCAUUGGAAGUGUACUAAGUGGAGGUGGAAGUGUGCCACUCCCAAAGGCUACUCCUGAGGAUUGGAUCAACAUGGUUAAUGGCUUCCAAAAUGGUUCUCUGUCCAGCCGUCUUGGGAUCCCUAUGAUUUAUGGAAUUGAUGCUGUUCAUGGACACAACAAUGUGUACAAGGCCACAAUAUUUCCCCACAACAUUGGUCUAGGUGCCACAAGGGAUCCUGAUCUUGUGAAGAGGAUUGGCGCUGCUACAGCUCUUGAAGUUAGGGCUACUGGCAUAAACUAUGUGUUCGCUCCAUGCAUAGCAGUGUGCAGGGAUCCAAGAUGGGGUAGAUGCUAUGAGAGUUUCAGUGAGGACCCGGGAAUUGUUCAGCAAAUGACAGAUAUCAUACUAGGACUGCAAGGGGAGAUUCCUGAAAAUUCAAGAAAGGGUGUUCCAUUUGUUGGUGGACAGGACAAAGUUGCAGCCUGUGCAAAGCACUUUGUGGGGGAUGGGGGCACCACCAGAGGCAUCAAUGAGAACAACACCGUGACUGAUUGGCAUGGACUGAUGAGCAUUCACAUGCCAGGUUAUUACCAAUCCAUCAUCAAGGGUGUCUCAACAAUCAUGGCUUCUUAUUCAAGCUGGAACGGAGAAAAGAUGCAUGCUAACCGUGAUCUCAUCACCAAUUUCCUCAAGAACACCCUUAAAUUCAGGGGCUUUGUUAUCUCUGAUUGGCAAGGUAUUGAUAAGAUUACUGACCCACCUCAUUCAAACUACACAUAUUCAGUUCUUGCUGGGGUUCAAGCUGGUAUUGACAUGGUCAUGGUUCCCUUCAACCAUACAGAAUUCAUAGACACAUUAACUGGACUUGUGAACGGUGAAUUCAUUCCCAUGAGUCGCAUUGAUGACGCUGUUCGGAGGAUUUUGAGAGUGAAAUUCACCAUGGGACUAUUUGAGAAUCCUUUAUCUGAUCAGAGUUUCCUUGACCAGCUCGGAAGCCAGGCUCAUAGAGAUUUGGGAAGGGAAGCGGUUAGAAAAUCACUUGUCUUGUUGAAGAAUGGAGAAAAUGCUGAUGGUCCUGUGCUGCCUCUGUCUAAGAAAGCACCCAAGAUCCUGGUGGCCGGAACCCAUGCCAACAACUUGGGAUAUCAAUGCGGUGGCUGGACAAUCACCUGGCAAGGACUCUCCGGCAACAACAACACCACAGGAACCACCAUCCUUAGUGCUAUUGCAACCGCUGUUGACCCUUCCACGGAGAUUGUAUACAGAGAGAAUCCCGACUCCAAUUUUAUGACGUCCAACAACAACUUCUCCUAUGCCGUGGUGGUGGUGGGUGAGCUCCCAUACGCCGAGACUGCUGGCGACAGCCGUGAUCUGCUAAUUGCGGAGCCGGGUUAUAAUGUCAUCUCCACUGUCUGUGGGAGAGUAAAGUGCGUGGUCAUUGUCGUUUCCGGAAGACCUGUGGUGAUUGCGCCGUAUCUUGACCAGAUGGGUGCUUUGGUCGCCGCCUGGCUGCCGGGAAGUGAGGGAAAUGGAGUCGCCGAUGUACUCUUUGGGGACUAUGGAUUUACAGGGAAGCUGCCCCGGACAUGGUUCAAGACUGUAGAUCAACUUCCCAUGAAUGUUGGAGACGCUAAUUAUGAUCCACUUUUUGCCUUUGGUUUUGGCCUCACAACAGAGCCUGUCCAGGCCAACUAAUGACUUUCAUUCUAUUCUGUUCAUAGUUUCAUUGCCUUAGACUUUUCAAUUUCCCAACUGUUACUUAACUGAUUAGUUUUGGGAAUUUUUUAUUGAUCAAUUUCUGGUAGGAAUGUAUUCUCUAUUUGUUGGUGUUACGCAUUACUUGAUUAAGUUACUUUCCUUCCAUUUUUUUUUAAUUUAUAAUUUUACAGACUGAUACAAUUUAAAUUGUAUUGAAUUAAAAAAUAAAAACUCUU